AUGGGAAAAAUCGAGGUUCCGACAGAUCGGUAUUGGGGGGCGCAGACCCAGCGUUCAUUACAGAAUUUUAAGAUUGGUGGGGAGCGUUUCCCUCGUGAGAUGAUCUGGGCUCUCGGUAUCGUCAAGCAAUCUGUCGCCGAAGUGAACGCCCAGUUGGGAACGCUAGACGGAGAUCUUGCUGAAAUUAUCAUCAAAGCCACACAGGAAGUCAUUGAUGGGGCCCUUGAUGAUCACUUUCCGUUAGUUGUUUGGCAGACCGGCAGGCGGCACCAACCACAUUACGUCAAUGAAGUGAUCUCGAACCGUGCUAUUGAGAUGCUUGGUGGUGUCCUCGGCAGCAAAGAGCCCAUCCAUCCCAACGACCACGUCAACAAAUCUCAAUCGACCAAUGACGCUUUUCCAACGGCUAUUCAUGUUGCUAUCGUUGACCGUAUUCACAAUCACCUGAUUCCCGCUGUGACUGCCCUGCGCGAUGCCCUCUCAGACAAAGCCGAAGCCUUUAAGGAUAUUGUCAAAACCGGGCGUACCCAUCUGCAAGAUGCCACCCCGCUGACGUUAGGACAGGUGUUUUCUGGAUAUGUCACGCAAUUGAAUAACGCGCUCCGUGCAAUCGAUCACGCGCUACCGCACCUGUACGAACUGCCAAUCGGCGGAACAGCGGUCGGUACCGGUCUGAACACCCAUCCGGAAUACGCGACAAAAGCCGCCGCAGCAAUCUCGAAGCGCACCGGAUUUCCCUUCAUAACCGCGCCCAACAAGUUUGAGGCACUCGGUGCUCGAGACGCUAUUGUUGAGGCAAGCGGUGCCUUCAAAACACUAGCGUGUGCCCUGAACAAAAUCGCAAAUGACCUUCGCUGGCUGGGCAGCGGUCCCCGCUGCGGUAUUGGUGAGCUCCUGUUGCCGGAAAACGAGCCGGGAGAGUUCAAUUAUGCCGGGCAAGUCAACCCAACGCAAUGCGAAGCCAUGACAAUGGUUUGCGCCCAAGUUAUCGGCAGCGACACAACGGUUGCCAUUGCAGGUGCAUCGGGCAAUUUUGAGCUGAAUGUGUUUAUGCCCGUCAUUGCUUUUAACGCGCUCCAAUCUAUCCGCCUGCUUGGGAUGCUUGCGAUCGUUCAACGAAAACUGUGUCGUCGGUAUCGAGCCGAAUCGGGAGAAAAUUCAGGAAUACCUCAACGACUCACUGAUGCUUGUCACCGCGCUUAA